AUUCACUCUCGGGUCGGUCACGCACACAGCCAAGGCCCAGCUGAGUGUGGCACUCCUGCCUGAUGUGAUCACUCUGAAGAUCAACCCUCUUUCUGUAGACUGUUCAGCAAAGGACACUGAAUAUGUUGCAAUCGAGGUCACUGCCACCAUCCUAAAUAGCACAGAGGACUUUGUCGUUGAGGGGUUCUACAGAACGGAACCACCCACUAAACCAUCUAAGACCUCUGAUGGAGGCAAUCUGGUCUAUACUUUCAACGUUCAAGUCAGUUGCGAAAAAAUUCCUCAACAAGUCUUUAAUGUUACUUUCAAGAACAGGAUUGAGCAAAAGAGAAGUGCAGCCGUGAAUAUCCCAGUCAUUUAUGAGGGUGAAAAAAUUUGCAAAGAAGAAACAUUGGAAGGAGAAUUUUGGCCAGACACACCAGCUGGAAACACAUUGAUUAAUCGAACAUGCACACCGGGCAGAGUUGGUUAUAAGUCACGCACUUGUGGUAAUACUUCUGUAUGGCAAGAUGUGUAUAAUUAUUGCGUCGACGAAGAGUUGGGCAAAGUGGUGGAGUCUGCAGAUAACUUCGCAAAGGGGCUCGGGGCUACACAAGAGGAGGCCGAGACCAUAUUUCAAGGACUUAAGAACAGCUCUGCAUUGAAUUCUGAUGAAAGUGACUCUUUGGCAGAUGUUACAGCUUCCAUCAAUAUUCUUAAUGUAAUGGCCGGUGCAUCGGAAACAUUUCCUUUGAAAGAGGAUGUUUUUCCUGAUUUUGUCAAUGCAGCAAGCAAUAUGUUGAACAAGUCCUGGAGUGGGUUCAAUGACUCUACUAAGCAGGACAUGUCAUCAAAAUACCUGCAGUCUGUGGAGGGUCUGGUGAAGAAUAUCAAGGUCAACAAGAGCAGUGGAAUCAACACUUCAAACUUAGAACUAAAAUUUUGCUCAAGUAGUGACUGUAUUGUGUCUGUGUUUGGCAUUGAUGUGAAUCUAAACAAGAGCAACGGAAUCAUGAAAACUGUUGCUGUGAAAAAUCUAAUGGAUAAAUUAGGAAACAAGAUUGCCAAUACAGAGCCGACCAGCCUUUUAUUGUCAGCCACAUUGGAGAACAACAAUGAUACAUCUAUAGCAAUUACACUGACAUUCCCCAACGACCGAAAGAAUAUCACCGAGCCUUUCUGCGUCUUCUGGCACAUCAACAAAAAAAGCUGGUCAAAGCACGGAUGCUCUGUAAAAUCUAGCGACGCUAACCACACGGUCUGCGAAUGCAACCACCUGACUUCAUUUUCUGUCCUCAUGGCUAAGAGAGAUGUGUCCACUAAGGCCCUUGAUAUGAUUACCAAUGUGGGCUUGGGUGUGUCCAUCUGCUCCUUGUUGAUCUUCCUCAUUAUUGAGUUGCUGGUGUGGUCAGCCGUGGUCAAGACCAACCUCUCACAUUUCCGUCACACAGCCAUAGUGAACAUUGCUGUGUUUCUCUUGCUUGCUGACUGCAGUUUCCUGGCGUCCAGCAAUCCUGAAACCAUUGGUGACACUUGGUGUCUAGUUUUGACAAUUUGCAAACACCUGUUUUUCUUGGCCAUGUUCAGCUGGAUGCUGUGCAUGAGUGUCAUGCUUGUCCACCAGCUCAUAUUUGUCUUCAGCCCGCUCCGCAAAAGAGUCUUCAUGUUCUUUUCCAGCAUUGUAGGCUAUAUUUGCCCAAUCUUAAUUGUAGGAUCCAGCUAUAUGUAUAGCAACUACACCAACAAGCCUUACCAUAAUAGCACAACAUGCUGGCUGGUUUAUGAAAGGCUCUUGGAGGGUUCAAUACAUGCUUUCUUCCUCCCUAUUGGCACCGUUAUUUUAACAAAUAUCUUUUCCAUGGUGGUCGUCAUUCUUACACUGAUGAAGUCUUCGGCCCCGGAGGGCAGCAACACAAGUGACAAGGAGACAGUGAAAAGCAUCCUAAAAGUGGUGGUAUUUCUCACGCCUGUUUUUGGAGUAACAUGGAUAAUUGGCUUUGCUCAGCUCCUUAUGGAUGAAACCAGUCCCAUGUAUGAUAUUGUUCUCUACAGUUUUACCAUCCUCAAUUCCUUCCAGGGUUUUUUCAUUUUGUUGACAGGGUGUCUCGCAGAGCAGAAGGUAGGCUUUUCAUCUUGUUAGAUGAGUGUCAAUAUGUUCAUUGAUUUAUUGAAAA